AUGGAUUUAUCUUAAAGUUUUGAUAAACAAUCAAUAAUUAGAACGGGUUAGCUAGAAUUUUAAGUGGAAAAAAAUGAAAAUGGAAUGUUAUUUUAAAUUAGCUUUGAAGAUAUUAUUGAAAGAAAGUAAAAAUGUUAAUUUUCUUAAUAGGUUUACAAUCUGCUGUCCUGAUAUUUACAUUAUUGCAAGCAGCAUCUCUGAUAAUAAUAAUUCUUCCUCUCGAAGGCAGAAAGACAAAAUUGGUAUUUUUAUAAAUUAGAAAGAGUUUUAGGCUAAAAGUAAUCACUAUUAAGAUCAGGAAUUUCAGCAACUCAAGUAGACUUUCCAUAAAAUAUUUGA